CGUUGCUCGUCGUGUGUGGAGCAGCUAAGGCAGCGGCAUCGAGCGGCGGAAAAACUGAUUGAUGCAAGCCGGCGAAGGAGAGGGCGAGAGCGACAGCAUGUUCGUCAACAGGCCGCCACCGAGGGGGGCAUUCUCCACGCCCAGCAGGACGGGUGCUCUCGGGGGCUCGGGGGCGGGGGGCGGGGCCGUGCGGUCGAAGUGGACGAUCCUGCUCGUCGUGCUGCUCAUCGUCGCCGGCAUUUUCGUGAUGCCUAGGUUCGCAGGCGGCGGCGGCGGCAAGCUCAGGGGCUCCACGGCUAGCUCACUGGCGGAGGGAGGGCCCUUCAAGCCGGACACGUGGGACAUUCUUUUGAUCUCGGACCUGGACAAGAAGUCCAAGGUGGACGACAAGGGCAAGCAGUACCGGAGCGUGUUGCAGGCGGCGGCGCUCACCCGCGACCCCGCUACCAAGAAGUUCUCGGUGGAGAUGGGGGAGGCCACCGACCUUUUCUCGGGACACAACGAAGCAGGCCGGGGGAUGGAGCUCAGCGAGCUCAUCAACUACCGAGGGUCGCUGCUGACGGUGGACGACCGCACGGGAAUUGUCUUCGAGAUCCUGGAGGAGCAGGGGGAGCGACACAUGGCUCCGAGGUACAUCUUGCCCGAGGGGGACGGCAACCUGGACAAGGGCAUGAAGCUCGAGUGGGCCACGGAGAAGGACGGCUCCCUGGUGGUGGGCAGCUUCGGGAAGGAGUACACCGACAACGACGGCCGCAUCGUCAACACAAAUAACAACUGGAUCAUCACCAUAGACCCGCACGGGGUCAUCAGCCGGCAGGACUGGACCAAGCAAUACAACACGCUGCGCGAUAAGGUUGGGGCGACCUUCCCCGGGUACAUGAUCCACGAGUCCGCCGCCUGGAGCGACGCCCUCAACAAGUGGGUCUUCCUGCCCCGCCGCAUCAGCUCGGAGAAGUACGACGACGUUAGGGACGAGAAGAUGGGGUCGAACACGAUCCUCAUCGUGGACGAAGACUUCCGAAAAGUGGACGUGAGACACGUGGGUGACAUCGUCGAGACUCACGGGUUCUCCUCCUUCAAGUUUGUUCCCGGAACGGGGGACCAGGUAGUGGUGGCCCUCAAGAGCGAGGAGAUCGAGGAGCUGCAGACCCAGACCACCUUCGUGAUGGUCUUUACCCUGGACGGGGAGGUUCUUCUCGAGGAGAACGAGAUUCCUGGCGGUUUCAAGUUCGAAGGGCUGGAAAUCUUCCCGAUCCCCGCUUCGAGGGCAGACGUGGCCGUGGCGAAGGGAGGCAACAGAUAAAACACCAACUACGCGUUCGCGCUGCCGCCUUUUUUUUCUCGAAAUGGUCAACAACCCAAGGCAAAGACGAAGCCCCGCCCUCCUCGUCCGUUUUACCGUCCGACCGUGUUGCGCGGGAGAUACAGCAGUAGUUGCGCUGUAAAUUUCGGGGCUCUGUAUCUCGAUUCAGCAGAGAAAUCGGCGGGAAGGCUAGCUCAUCAGGUUGUCGUUCGGCGCGGUUUUGUUCUAGUCGAGGCCCGCGACAGUAGCAAUGGGGGAGGGGAAGGGGUGUUAGUGCUUAUGGUCUGUAGGCGAACUUUGCCGCAACGGAAGAGGCGGGGGGUGGGGGGGGGGGAGAGCACCGCUGUUGAAUUUUCAUGACCCCUCUCGCUGUUUUAAAGGUCUGGGUACCGCCUCCUGACGGUGUUUCAACGUCCCACCUUGCGUUUGUGCAAUUUUGGCUUGGGGAGGCUUCGUACGAAGUACUCGGUCCCGCGAAAUCCCCGCAUGUCUCCGGCAACGCCCUUGUCGAUUUGCUUCAUUUUUGUUUUUGCUGUCAUGAGUUCGGCAAUAGGGAACCACCAACCCAUCUUGUAAAGGGGGUUUCGCAACUUGUCUUCGUUCGGAAAUGUCGGGUUUUUGGCCGGCAUGGCGUGCUCCGACAUCAACAAGGCUUGUUGACCUUCAGUCUCGCAGCAUGUCUCGUCUAUCAGGCGGGCGUUGUGGGGAGCUAGGAGAGAUCAAUCACGUCUUGGACAUCCAAGCGCAGAGGCGGUCGGUUUCGUGUUCACGUGUAAUACCACUCCACGCUUCGAGGCUGAACCGAGGCGGGGAAGUGCCGAAAAAAUGCGCAAUUUACCCGUGUGCGUGGGCGGUGGCUUAUCGUGGUGUCUUCUCAUGUACGCUCAAGCGUUGUUGCUGGGGGUGUUGCUACAACAGAGCGACGAAAUGUUUGGUCCGGUUUGGGGAAUGCUGGGAGCUUGCUUAUCAUGAGUGUCUCCCGUCUCUUUCUGCGGCUGUAGCUUUUGUGAUUGCCGCCGCUGCUACCGCUCUUUUUUGGUGCCACCACUGAUGUGCCAGCUGUAGCUGUAGCUUCUUCUUUUUUUUCGUGCACUCAGUCAGGUGCCUUGUAGUCCGCGUUUGGCUCUCGUUAGUGCCGCGGUUUGGGCGCACGCUGGGUGUGUCUUUUAAUGAUUUUGCCUGCCCAUUUUAUUUGUGUGCCUACAUUCUGUACCACAUUCAUUCCUCCCUUUUUGUUUUCACUAGGAGACAGUCGCUGCGCUACGCCCCUCCCCGGGUAAAGGGUAGCCAACCUCUGUAUUGUCUUGGCUAGGGUAGGCGACGCUUAGCUUGCGCUGUCUCUGCUCUUGAGGUUGCCUUUUUCGGGAAGGCAGCCGGUCGUUGUGAUCACUGCUCUUUCCGAGUCGGGUUUAACCUCAUGCAAGUGCCCGUAAAUGGA